AUGGGUGACCAAAGGGAAAAAUUUUUUAAGCACCCCAGAAGAAAAACAGCCUACGUUGCUUCACGUUAUUUGGAAAAAUCAAAUACUGUCCAUCGAUCUGUUUCGUCUGUAAGAGAAAAGUCGACCAAUGAACGACAAAACAGUUCUAUUGUGAAGCGGCAAUCGUCUCCAAAAUUUGGAGUCAAUGCAUCGAAUGCUCAAUUAGUCAUUGAUGAUUCAGUUGCUUCUGCUAUUCACUCACAUGACAUGGAACAUGGUAGCAUCAUUGAACAUUCUUCUGGUUCAUUAACCUUGGAUAAUCCUGUAAAAAAGCUUAAUGAAUUAGAUGUUGAUUCAUUGUCUGAUAUAUCAUUAGCUGCAUAUACUGUUUGGAUAUUGUUUCAACGUUAUACAUCAUCUUACAUUGUGAAUAAAGUAGAAUGUGAUUAUGCUAAAAUUGUUGGUCUGUUAAAUCGCAUAAGAUCUACACGCGAAGAAAUUAUUCGCUUACGUAAAACAAAACAUGAUUGGGAAAACUGGUUUCAAUCAGUCAAAGAUUUACAUAAUGAGCACAAGAUACUUACAGAUUUAAUUCAAAUGUUGGGUAUAUCUGAAUGUAAUUCAAAAGAGAAUGAUAAUUCUUUAGAAAGUCAAAAUUUUAAUCAAACAGAAUUAAUUCCUCAACUCGAACAAACUAUAUUACAAAAAUUUUCACCUGUAUUAAAUCGUUUAACUGUGAAAGAAAUAAACUUGGAUAAUUAUGAAAAUGUUUGUCACGAUUUACAACAACUUAGUGAUAUAGCAUCUUUGUUUUCUAACAUCAGUGAAAAUGACAUUGACUCAUUCGAACAAUUGGCAGAUGAAGUGAAUAAUUUUGCUGAUCAUUUACAAAAUAGAAUUUAUCCUCAAAAUAUUGCACAAUAUGAACAGUUAAUGCAAUGUUUACAAACUUUUAUUUUAUAUACUUCACUGAAAUGUGAACAAAUUGAACGUAAAUGGCUUAAACAAAUACUUUUAUCAGAUUAAUUUUUUAAAAAAAAAGAUAUUUUUCCGAAGAAAAAACUGUGUUACCAAUCAUUUUGUUUGAAAUAACUUGUUGACUUUUCUACUCUGUCAAAUUGAUUGUUCUUAUUAGGUUACUGUAUUACAAUUUUUGUCGCUUAAUUAUCACUGUAUUGAAGUCAAUGUCAUGUUUGUCUAGUCCUUAAUAACUCACAGAACUCUAUCGUUUAAGUUACAGUAUGGCUGUUGGUAACAUGUGAGACAGUAAAACUCGAUGACCAGGGUUCAAAUCUGUUAGGGAGCACCAAUCCCCACAUGAUUAUGUAUAUUUCUUUUCGGUGAGUAUCAAUUAGCAUAAAACCUAUGUUUAUGAAUUCCUCCCCACCACUUAACAUUAUUAAAAUUUGAAAUUAUCAUAUACUUACUGUAGUUUAAACAAAUAAUCAGUCAUUAAUAAAAUUUCAGCGCUUACCCAAUAGCUGUAUUUCAAAGUCUCAUUGGUUGCCGAUUUAUAGCUAGGUUCUUUUUACGAUGCGUAGUUGCUAGCCUCACGUUCAACCGUCCUUGAUAGGGGGGCUGCGACCGGAAGUACACCCAGACGGUCUCCAGGGGGAGUUAAAUCAAAGUAUUGUACAAACAUACUUAAUUGACUAUUGAGCUGAAUUUGUUUUAAUCAUUUAAACAUGAUAUAGUAUAUCUUUCACGCACUCGGUUCAUCAAAUUAGUUCAACGAAGGUAUUAAUUGGUUCAGAUAAAUAAUUCUUAAAUAUAUUUGUUGCUUACGUAUAAAACUAUAGAUAUAUGCCGUUUUAAUAGUAAUACUGAUCUGUUUAUUCUGAAGCAAUCAAAUAAUUUUUCCAUGUUGAAAGAAAAAGACUAACCAUUUUAAGCAAAUAAUUUGGCAAGUAUUUAGUUGUAUGGCUUUAAAAUAUUUGUAAAGUCUUCAAUGUUAUUUCAUUUGUGUUCGUUGUUUGAAAUUUUCCGUUGAUGUUAAGGACUGUAAUUAACCAGUCUCUUUGGAAUAUGGGGAUCCUGUGCGGGCUGCCUCAAUAUUGACAUUAGGUCACAAGCAUCAUAAUCAGAGAUGAACGGUGGCUAACAGUGGAGUCCAGGACCCGUGUUUCGUCCUGUUUGGAACUCACCAGCCGGGUGUACCUGCAUCUUAUAGGUGAUGUUGAGUCACGGAGUGGACACCAACCUUAGGAUGCUUUUACAUCCAGCUGACGAGUCUCAAAUAGGAAGAAACACGCGUCCUGGAUUCCACUGCUAGUCACGAUCCAUCUCUUUUAUGUUCUGUUUGACUGAGUAAGGGUUACACGGUGCUUGAUGAAAACGCAAUAUGACGUGGGUUUGUAUUGUUUAGAAAGCGUAAUUUCGCUGAAAGCUCCAGGUACACUUUAAUAAUAAGUGCCACGAAGCACAAAACUUUAGUUGAAGGUUUCUUACGUAUAACUCUCACCUAAAUCAUAUUUCAAGUGAAAUGUAAUUUCAUGACACCAUAAAAUACGAAUUAAUUGAAGAUUCAUAGUAUAGUAGACAAACAAAAUUUUUAUUUGUCUCCAUGUACAGUAUCUAUAGCUUAUUUGCGUUUGUGGAGUAAGCUAUAAAUCUUCCAUCCUAACCUGUAGCAUUAUUUCAUAGUGGAAUGUUCACAAUAUAUUAUUAUUUCGUUAUAUUUACAGAUUAGGCCACUGGCUGAUUGUCAUUAUGAAAAAAAUGUUUAAUUUUUGAAAAUUAUAAUUGAAUUCUUUUUCAACUAUUUAUUUGGAUUGAUUCAUCCCAUCCAUCUGUAUAAUAAAAAAGUGGCUCACCGAGGAUGAAGUUAUUGUUAAAUCAAUAGCUUAAUGAUAUCAGCAUGAAAAAUAAUAAUAGUCAGUGUGUAGUAGUUGGAAUUAUGCCAUUAAAAUGAACCAAUCAGGGAAAAAUAUAUACCGAAGGAAAGGUCACGUUAUGUGAUUGGUGUUUGUGUAGUGACAUGAUUUAGCCAGGAGAGAUUAAAGAUUUGUAUUCUGUUUGCAGAUGGACAAGUUUACUUUCAUGCUUUGUAAUUCAGUUUUAUUUGUAGAUUUUCAUUACAUUUAUUUGUACCUACUAGGAAAUUUUCCUUAGCGAAUUGAAGUACAGUGAGGUCAUAUUUAAAAUUGGCUCUGAAUAAAUCUUUCUUAUAUGAUAUGAAUGUAUCAAACUGAUAAUUCACCCUUUUUUAUCUCAUGUUUCGAAAUUUCAACAGCUUGUAAUUGUAUUUAUCUGUAAGCUUAAUUUCUGUUUAAGUUUCGUUUUGAUAUUAAAGGUUAUGUCUGAUUGUUUUAUCAAUUUAUUCAUUAUCAUAUCAGUAAGCCCAUGCGCUACACUGAAAACUCUAGGUGUUGUUAAAGUGAUUUUAGCAGCUUUGAAAGGAUACUCAUUUUUAAGGGAUUUAAAAGGGAAUCUGGGUUAGUAAUGGUUUUAUCGACCUGAAAGCAAUACUGAGGUUAAAAUUAAUGUAUUAGGAAUACUGGUAGAUUGAACUGUGAGGCCUCAUUGAACGAGGUGGCUGGGACACGAUUAAAGAUGUUCGUCUGUUGCAUACUGUUAUGUCCCGAUAGGCAUAAUGAAUGGUAACUUUUGGAAUCCAUUUAUAAACCAAUAUUAUGCGUAUAUUUUUUAUCGUAUAGUUGUUAAGUAACUAAAAUUUUCAUAUUCAUGUCCCUCUUAUUAUGAGCUAUAUUUUAACCUAUGAACUGUUAUUAUACGAUUUACCAUUCUUGAAUUAUGCCCUGUCUUUUAAUUGCUAUCCCCCUAAUUCACAGCCACAUUUGGCUAAUUCUUGUACAAAUGCUGUUUCAUAUUUUAUGGUACGAUGUGGUCUGUCUGGUUGGUAUAUAAACCCAGUAUGCUUGAAAUAAAUGAUUCUUAUCGCAUAGG